AUGCGUAAAGAUAUCAUUCUGGACAAUUUGGGAAUACAUCAAUCUCGGAAAGGUCAGUACGGUGUUGAGGAUGUGAACCCCUUCAUCACCACUCCAUCACUUUCGUUGAACUUCACAAUUGUGGCAGGACACACCUGGACCCCUCAACUUUUGUAUCUUGUUCAGAACGGGUCCUUUCUAUAA